AACUGAAGCAGAGCGGAGCUCACCAUGGUCUGGUGCUGCAGUGGUGAGACCUGACAGAGAGAUGGCCGUCACCUCCAAGACUGAGUUUCAAGGACUCCACCGCCUCCUUAGCUCCUUGGUGUGUCAAUGCCGGUCAGGAGAGAGACCCAUGCGGCCAGAAGCUGAGGGGCACUCCUGCCCACAGCCACACUGGACCUCCGCCUGGUGGCGACUUCAGAGCAUCCCUGGCCGCUUAACGAACCUCCCGUUAGCCCAGCAACCUCAGGACGGGCGUCCACGCAACGGCACAGCAAGCGCGGCUCCUCCUAAGACCGCUUCCAUCUUCAGCAAGGAAGGAGCCGGGGCCCCCUCAGGUCCUGCAGCUCCCCAGUGCAGCGACCAGAUCAGAACAGCCCCACGGGACAGGCCCGCAGACUGGCCCGUGGGCCCAGGAAAGCACUCCUGAUGUGGAAGGUGCUGGAUCAAUGCCGGGGAGAUCAGUCAACAAACGGCACUGCAAUAAAUGGUGCUGAGAAUCCUGCGUAACAACCUGGCACGAAAUUUGAAAUUAGGUUUCUCACCUCACAGGAAUUUUCAGGAAGAACAAAAAACACCAAAGUAAUAGUCAGCCCCAGGGCUGAGGGAGUAGGUCACCGUCCCUGCCGCCCCUGCCCCGGCCCAGCACUGGUCCAGAAGAGGGGCAGGGGCGGGAGGGAGGCCAGCGAUGCCCAGACAGGUGCGAGGGGGCUUCCGGACAGACGUACUUCCAACGCGCGGGCUGCAGGCGAAGGCCUGGGCGGCUCCUGGAGAUCCCACGCUGAACAGAGAAGCUGCUCUCCAGCCAGACACUCACGUCCACAGGACUUCCGGGCAGAGCCGUGUGCCCGACGUGUUUCCACGUGACACGUGAGGGCACUGCCCGUGGCUGUGGUAGGACUGGCCCCUGCCUCACGGGCUACCCGCCAGCCACACGGCUCAGCCCUCACACCCAUGCGGCCCAGGGGAAGCUUCUCCGGGGUGUGGAGCUGGCUCGGGCCUUGCUCUGCAAGGACGCCUGCCCAGCACAUCUGUGAGGCCUCGGGCUGACGGCACCUGGGCCUUGGUCACCGUGCUGAGGGCCAGGCUUCCAACGCCUCUCAUGACGCCCCGGUCUUGCCUUUACCAGCAGCCUGUGCCCCUGGACUUGCCGGAGUGGACGUACACCACUGCAGCACCAGACCACGGCGAGCUCCGCUCUGCUUCACUUGUGACCUCCGUGCUUCUCUGGGUCAGCAGAAGCAAGUCCAGUGAAGACCGCGCAUUGCAAGGACACUUUCUGAGACUCCGACCAGCAGGUGCAAGGUCACUGCGUCUCGUCCGUCACCCCACCUGGCCCGCCAAGUCCAGGGGUCUUGUGGCAUCCCGGCUGGCUCUGGCCCCCUGCGCAGCCCACACGGCCGAACACCAGCUUUGCACUGCAACAGGGGCACCUCCAGACUGGGCGCAGGUGGUCCUCAGAGCCGGGGACAGGACAGGAGCGGCGGUCCAGCCGGGAAUCACAGCACCAGGGGCCGUGGAUGGACAGACAGGCUGGGGGUCAGGGAAGGCUUUCCAAGGGGGAGACGACCCAGCAGGAGUGAAGCCGAGGAGCAGGAGAAAGGGGUGCAGAAGGUGGUCCCCGCGGAGCCAGGAGCACAGCACUGUUGCUCCCUGGCCAGCGGCAGCUGCCACACCAGGCCUGCUUCUCCUCCUGGCCUCGGACCCAGCCUGUGGUCCUGGCCCCGGAGGCCAGCAGCCCGAGCAGGUGUCCUCUGCCUGUCCUGCCUGCUGCAGGGCCUGCAGCGGUGCCGCGGCCGCUCACCUCUCCCUUCUUCCUCUCCCAGUCUUGCCCAGUGAGGGUCGAGUGGUGUGGGCAGCGCUUCCCACAGGCGAUGUGCAGGGAGGGCGCCCUACUGGUGCCUUGGUUCUGCUGCCCUUCGCAUCUGUGCGGUGCCAGCCAGCUGCCAGCCCCUCGGCGCCUCCUGCUGGAACCAGGCUCCCUGUCACACGGGCACACGUGGGUGCCUGUGCUCUGCACCGUGCGGUGGCCUCUUGAGUGGACGGUUGUCACCGCGUGUGUGCAGCCU